CAAGGCAUGCCGGGGUCGUGGAGGAGUGAACGGUGGUGGGAAGACUAGGAAGGAAGCGCGGGGAGGCGCCAUGGCUGUGCUGCUUGAGACCACGCUGGGAGACUUAGUGAUUGAUUUGUACACGGAGGAGAGGCCGAGAGCUUGUUUAAAUUUCCUGAAGCUUUGCAAGACCAAAUAUUACAAUUACUGCCUUAUACAUAAUAUACAGAGAGAUUUUAUCAUACAAACUGGAGAUCCCCUGGGGACUGGCCGUGGAGGUGAAUCCAUAUUUUGCAAAUUGUAUGGUGAUCAAGCUAGAUUUUUUGAAACAGAGAAAGUGCCAAGAAUUAAGCACAAGAAAAGGGGAACAGUGUCAAUGGUAAACAAUGGGAGUGAUCAGCAUGGAUCUCAGUUUCUUAUUACUACAGGAGAAAACUUAGAUUAUCUAAAUGGUGUACAUACGGUGUUUGGUGAAGUAACAGAAGGCAUGGAUGUAUUGAUGAAGAUUAAUGAGGCCUUUGUCGACAAGGAUUUUGUUCCAUAUCAAGACAUCAGAAUAAAUCAUACAGUGAUCUUAGAUGAUCCAUUUGAUGAUCCUCCUGGUUUGGCUAUACCAGACCGUUCACCAGAGCCUACAAAAGAACAGUUGGAUAGUGGGAGGAUAGGAGCUGAUGAAGAAAUCGAUGACUUCAAAGGCAGGUCUGUGGAUGAAAUGGAAGAAAUUCUGGCAGAGAAAGAGGCAAAAACACAGGCUAUUCUCUUGGAAAUGGUUGGAGACUUACCUGAUGCAGAUAUCAAACCACCUGAAAAUGUUCUUUUUGUCUGCAAACUUAAUCCUGUGACAACUGAUGAAGACCUUGAAAUCAUAUUUUCCCGAUUUGGUCCAAUAAAAAGUUGUGAAGUGAUUCGAGAUUGGAAGACUGGUGAAUCUCUCUGCUAUGCCUUCAUUGAGUUUGAGAAGGAAGAAGAUUGUGAGAAAGCUUACUUUAAGAUGGAUAAUGUCUUAAUAGAUGACAGGCGAAUACAUGUUGAUUUUAGCCAAUCUGUUGCAAAGGUUAAAUGGAAAGGAAAAGGUGGGAAGUAUACCAAGGAGGAUUUCAAAGAAUAUGAAAAAGAUCACAGCAAAACCUCUAAAUUAAGUCUGAAGGAGAAAGUAAAGCCCAAGCAAGACUCCAAAUAUGACCUCGUGCUGGAGAAUGAAGAGGAGGAAGCCAGACCCAGCCACCGGCAUGACGAUAGAAAGAGGAGACAUCAUCACUCAGACGACACUGAUGAGGAUGAGAAGAGAAGCAAAAAAUCUAAGGAACCUAACCGAAGGCACAGAGAAGAAUGUAGUAGGGAGAAAAGAAAAAGUGACAAGCGAGAGAGAUGCCGGAGCCAUUCUCGGGAGAGAGAAAGCCACCACAAAAAGUCUAAAGACAAGCAUCCCGAGGAAGCCUGGGAAAGAGAGCUGCAUGAAGAGAAAAAGUCAGGCAGGAACCCCAAGAAGUCCAAAGAUAAGGAAAAGUCCAAAUAUAAAUGAAAGUGGAUUAAUGGAAAGCAGCCGUUCCCCAGCAUUUAUCCGCCAUUAGAAACUGCUGCAGUGCCUCCCCUUCCCGGACGUCUUCAACCUCCCUCUCUGACUCUGCGCCGUGGAGUUCUGUGGGAGGAUGUCUUUAUUGGGUGGAUUCUGCUGCUGUCUUUGUUGUGUUUGGAAGUUGCAGAUUGUGGACAUCAGAGGAAUUCAUGCUACAGAAGAGUAGCAAGGAAUCUGCAGCAUUUUGGGUUAUUACUCAUAGCAAUUUACUGUUGCUACCGCCAGAAGGGAAUUCUAAAUCACUUUUAAUAUUCUAAGAGGAAUAUUGAGGACAUUAUUCAAGACAGGAUGAGUUUACUUCCCUUUUUCUUAAAGGAAACUAUUGAUGAGUGAAGAGUGUACUAUUACAUGAGAUAAGGGAGAUCUGUGUUUGUCUCACAAACUUGUUGCCAGCUGAGGCUUCCUGUUGUAUCUAUACAAAUAAAUAGUAUGAUGCAUAGUUCGUCACAUGCACUCACAUGUGCCGAUAGUACUUCUAAGAGUUCAUCUCAUGGAAGUGGCUCUCAGUACCUUUCCUUUCAGAGAGGAAAUGAGAGGCAUCACUUCGCACUGUAGCAGUAUACUAUAGGGAUACAUCUGGAUUAUCACAAAAGAGAUCCCCAUUUUGUAGUGGCUGCAAUAUCUCCAUGCACAUGUUUAGUUUCACUGCCAUUUAAUACAGCAACAUUCACCUAGUCCAGCAAACGUGUAAGUAGAGUUUAUGUCAAUUAGGAAGGUAUAGCAAAGGUUUUAUACUGGGAUUUAGUUUUUAAAAUUCAGCACUGUUUGCUAAUGUAAAAUUACACGUUCUUAAUGUAGAAGCUAUCAGCCCCCAUCCCCACAUACGUAUGUGGUAGGUUUUUUACUUGUUCUAAGCACAUUCAUUUUAUGAAAGCAAUUUAUAAUAUUAUGCCAAUGAGAAAGCGAUAGAUUACUUGUUCUGGAAAACACAACUAUUUGUUGCUAUAAGCAAACAGUAUCAGCAAAAAAGAACAUGCUUGUUAAACUAUAGCUACAGGUAUAAACUGCAACAGGGUAAUUUUUUCUGUCUCUAGUUUUUUUUUUAACUAGACCCUUUUAUUAGCUAUUAUGUUUUAAAAAAAAAGUAAUUUGUAAAUGACUGUUAGAUUUUCUCCCUUAAAGCAUUCUUCACAAAUGCAUGUCAUCAUCUGUGGACUAUUUGUUCAUAUUAAACCAUGCAGUGAAAGAACAA